GGAAACCCUGCUUUGAGACUUGAAUUUUCGCGCUAAAUGUCAAUUGCAAUUUUCACAUUUGUUUUUGACGUGUGAAUGAAGGAGGAAAAGAUAAAUUAUAAAAUCCUCAUCGUUCAAAAACUUAAUAUUGCUGUGUAUUUAAAUAGGAAUCAUUAAAGUAAGAAAACAAAAACGAAACCAACACAAAAAUGCAACUCUCGUCAGAAUCACACAUUUUGUCAUUCAAUCUCAUUUCCAAAGAAGUUCAACGCGUGGGACUUCGUUUUCAAAAAUUUGCAGGCCGACACGAUGCUCCGCGUAGAAUAAAAAGUGAAAAUCUAAAAAAGUGGGACUCCAAUGAUCUGGAUAUCGAUAUAAAUUAUUUGAGGUCAUUGGAUCCAAAGGAAUGGAAGGAUCAAGAUCAUUACGCAGUUUUGGGGUUAGGAAGCCUGAGGUACAAUGCUACAGAUGAUGAUAUUAGGCGGGCUUAUAGAAAAAUGGUUCUUCAGCAUCAUCCCGAUAAAAGAAAAGCCAAAGGCGAGGAGGUCAAUGCGGACACGGAUUAUUUUACAUGUAUUACCAAGGCUUAUGAAAUAUUAGGUACUCAAAAGACCAGACGCGCAUAUGAUUCUGUUGACCCCAAGUUCGAUGAUAACCUACCCAGUCAAUCGGCAAUUGAAAAUAAUUACUACGAUGUCUUUAAUAAAUACUUUGGACUCAAUGCGAGAUGGAGCGAAAGAAAGAACGUGCCGGUGUUCGGAAAUGAAGAUGCUAAGCGGGAAGAUGUUGACCACUUCUAUAGUUUCUGGUAUGACUUUGAAUCUUGGCGGGAAUUCAGCUAUCUGGACGAGGAGGACAAAGAGAAGGGCCAGGAUCGUGACGAGAGACGUUGGAUCGAGAAGCAGAACAAAGUCGCACGAAUCAAGAGAAAAAAGGAAGAAAUGUCCAGAAUCCGGGCUUUGGUCGAUUUGGCCUAUAACAAUGAUAAGCGGAUAACUAAAUUUAAGAACGAAGAAAAGCAAAGGAAGCUGGCCUUGAAAAGAGCCAAGAUGGAUGCUGCCCAAGCCCAGAAGGAGGAAAUGGAGCGAGUUGUAAAGGAGGCCCAGUUAGCGAAAGAGAAGGCCGACAAAGCCGAACAGAAGAGGAUCGAGAAGAUUCGCGUAGAGAGGGAACAAUACAAGAAGGCUAUGAAGAAGGAACGCAAAAUGCUCAGAGAUCGAGCCAGGGAGAACAACUACUACUCGGCUACUGACAAGGACGUCCUCCGCAAUAUGGAAGGAGUUGAGAGGGUUUGUGAGACCCUCACUUUGGCAGAACUUCAAGAUUUAAAUAGGAAAAUUGAGGAGAACAGCAGUCAGAUCUUCUUCGAUGUGCUAAAGGAAAUCGACAACAGGUUGAGUAAAGAACGCGAAGAGAGUAGCCAGGCCAAGAUAGAGAAUAGGUCGUCUUUGAAGAGUUUGGCCAAGAUCGAUCCAUGGACAAAUGAUAGCAUUCAGAUUUUAAUAAAGGCCGUGAAUCUAUUUCCAGCCGGAACUGCCCAACGAUGGGACGUUAUAGCCACAUUUAUGAAUCAACAUGCAAAUAGCGAAGUAAAUUUUACUUCUAGGGAUGUCCUGAGCAAAGCCAAAUCCUUGCAACAAGGCGAUUUCUCGAAGAGCACUUUGAAGACCGAGGCAAACGAUGCUGCUUUCCAGAGUUUCCAAAAGUCAAAAAAGGAGAUUCAAGUCGUUCCGGAUAAUGUCUUGGCGGAGGAGUAUGAUACUGCUACUGCUAACUCUAACACCAAUAAUAUCAAUAAUAACAAGAAAAAGUCACCACCACCAUCAGCACCAGCUCCGGCACCAACACCUGCGGCUACAACACCAGCUGCUGCAGAAAAUAUUGCUCCCACUCUGACUCCCACAGCUCCGGCAGCACAACAAGCAUCUAACAAGACACCAACUGUGCAGAAUUCAUCGGCAAAGACAUGGACUAAGGAAGAACAGGCUCUGUUGGAGCAAGCUAUUAAGUCAUUUCCUAUUUCUACACCGGAACGCUGGGAGAGAAUUGCCGAGUGCAUCCCCAAUCGCAGCAAGAAGGAUUGUUUGAAGCGCGUCAAGGAGUUGGUUGAUUUAGUUAAUUCCAAAAAGGAUGCUAAGCAGGCAACGAAGUAGGUACCUAGAUGUUUUAUUUUGAAAUAAAAAAAAAAUACCAACAAAAUUGUAA